AUGACACAAAAUUAUCUUAAUGCAAAAGGGAAUGAGGAUGAGGGCGACACUGGUGAUGCUAUUUUUGAUGACUUAGUAGCACAAUCUUUUUUUCAAGAUUUGAAGAAAGAUAGCGUCAGUGGUAAAAUUAUAGGUUGCAAAAUGCAUGAUAUUGUCUAUGACUUUGUGCAAUCUCUCACCAAGAAUGAAUGUUCGAUCAUCGACGUUAAGGAUAUUGGCAAUGAGAUAGAGGUUUCGGGUGAAAAGAUUCACCAUUUGACCUUAAGGUUGAAACUUGGUGAGCCACUUCCACCUUCUAAUGCAUAUUAUAACUGCCAAAGUCUGCGUACACUCAGUAUUCUUUGUUCAUCGAGUCCUACGACAAUAGACUUCAAUUUCAUUUUACAAAUGAAAUGUCUUAGCACGUUAAAUUUGAGAAAUAAUGGCAUAAGCAAAGUCCCAAGGGAAAUUGGUGAUUUGAUACAUUUGAGGCACAUUGAUUUGUCAAAGAAUGGUGGUUUGAAUAUAUUGCCGGACAAUAUCAUACUUGCCAAAAGGGAUUUUGAGAUUAAAAACUUGAAAACUAUUGAUGAGUGUGUUUUGGUUUGUGGUGGUGAUGAUGAUACAGCAACAUUACGAUUGGGAGAUCUGAAAUUCUUGAACCUCCAGGGCAGUCUCAGCGUAAGAUUGAAGUGGAAUGUGAAAGAUGAGAGGGAGAUUGAGAAAGCACAGUUGUGGGACAUGAAGCAACUCUUUCAUCUCGAAAUUAAUUGUGAGUAUGAUCGUUACAAGAAGACAACCAGCACUGUUGAGAUACUGAAUGAAUGCAAGUUUUUGCCUCCUCUUGGGAAGUUGCCAUACCUUGAAAACCUGACUCUAUGGGGAAUGGAGAAGGUGAAAAAGGUUGGUAGUGAAUUUUUGGGAAUAGUCGACGAAGAAGAUGAAAUGUCAUUGAAAUCAUCAUCAUCCUCAUUUUUCCUGAAGUUGAAAGAACUCAAAAUCGCCUACAUGCCGGCGUUGAAAGAGUGGGAAGUAGGCGUGGAAAGGUGGCACAAAGAGGAUUCUGAAAUUUCAAUCAUGCCAUGCCUUUCCUCCUUAAAUAUCCAUCACUGCGAAAGCUUAACAACACUGCCAGACUUCCUCUGCAAAACACCUCUGCAGGAGCUUACCAUCUACAAAUGUUCGACACUUUCAAUGCGCUGUGAACAAGGCAGUGGAGAGGAGUGA